GACUGUACAGUUUCGAUUCCGGAAUCGCAUGGAGUGGACCAAAUAACACUAAACAUACAUCACUUACACACAGAACCGACAGAACAAUGCCUUCUCUCAAAGCAUCAUACGAAGUAGGACUAGAUUUCCUAGCGUUUUUGGGGGAGAGGAUAUCAAAAACAAACAAAAAGGAGCUUCAGGACAUUUACAACUUAGAGUUUAAAAGGAACGGAAGCCAGGAACCCAAGUUUUCCAAUGUGGUCUACGCCUUACAAGUGUUCAAUAAAGCCAGUACACGACCUGGGGAAAUCAUUUUCCAUGGCAAACCACAGAUGCGUGUGUAUUACUGCGACCAGUGGAAAUCCUUCACGCAGAAGAACGCCAAGGAAGCCGCCCCAGAUUCAAUCCCAGCAUCCUCUUCUCCCAGUAACCCGGUCCUGACCUCGAAGAAGAAGCUGGCUCGAGAAAUUCUCAAAAAGCUCAAAGUGAAACGGGCUAAACUCAUCCAGGACAAAUGUGGUGUUGAAAUAACCUCUGACCCCAAGGCCACCAAUGGAAAGAUAGCUUUCAUUAUCAAAGAACUGGGCGAGCUGUUUGUAGUUAAGUUUCACAUUGUGAAUCGGGGCCAGAGCUGCGUCUACUUCACCUACUACACGGCUCUCCACAACAUGCGUUGCUUUACUCUAGUGGACGCCCGGAGAGUCAACCGCGUUUCCCCUCUUCUCCUGUGCCCGGAUGAGAGUUAUGCUGUCGAAGUCCACUACAAUGUCCAGUUUCACGGACACUUUCCAGCCACCAUGUACUUUGAGUUCUGCCCGGAGUCGGAGCCCCCCGGUGCUGCUAAACCUUUCUGUAUAGUCAGGGAACUGGAGGCAGUGGUCCAGACACAGCUAGCCGCAGAACUGGGCCCAAAGAGCCCGUAUAACCCCAAACAAAACCGACGACUCCGUCCGGGGGACAGGAUUGUGGAAGUUGGGGUUCGGCCUGAGAGUUUUUCCAGGCUUGCUCAGGUCAAGCUCAGUGAUUACAAGUACCCCCCCUACUUAAAGCUUCUGGCCCGACACAUGCUGGAGGACUCCGAGCGUCUUUCUGCCUUUGCAAAGCUGCAACUUCCCAGAGUGAGACGGGUCCUGGAGAAGGAGCUGUGCAUGAAGAUGUACACGGAGCGCUUCCAUCUCCUCCUACAGCUGGAGGAGAUACAGAUGGAGGUGGACAUCAAGAAGUACGACCUCUACAAUAAGACAAUGACCCAGGACAAAAUCAACAAGAAGCUGCUGGUUCUUAAAGUACCUGGAGUGGCAGAGAACAGACCGUCUGUGUUGAGAGGAGAUCAUCUCAAUGUCUUCGUGUCAGGGGACAAGAGCAACCCCGUCACCGUAUAUGAGGGUUUCGUCCAUCGUGUCGAGCUGGAGAAAGUUAAAUUAGGAUUCUCUAAGAAACUUCUCCAGAGGUUUCUCCCUAACAUGAAGUUUGACGUGGAGUUCAACAUCAACCGCUUCCCAAUUAAACUCCAGCACAGAGCGGUGCAGCUCGCUGCUCAUCACGGCCUGGGAGGAGUUCUGUUCCCCACGGAUCAUAACAUCACUGAGAUAACACUGCCAAAUCUCAGAAUGUUCAACAAAGAUUUAGAGAAGAACCCAGAGCAGAAGGCGGCAGUCCAGCACAUCUUGUCGGGCGUAUCCAAACCUGCACCCUACCUGAUCUUUGGACCUCCCGGCACGGGCAAAACUGUCACCAUGGUAGAAUCCAUAAAACAGGUGAAUAAGAGUGGCGACAAGGUCCAUAUCCUCGCGUGCGCUCCCUCGAAUAGCGCCUGUGAUCUCUUGUGCGAGAGGUUGUUAGGAUUCGUGGAUGGCCAUCACCUCUAUCGUCUGUAUGCAUCGAGUAGAGAUUCGAGCUCUGUACCAAAGAAACUGCUGAAACACAGCAACUGGAAUGAGUCUGAGCAAUCCUUCACCUUACCUUCGGCUAAAGCUAUGAUGGACUACAGGGUCGUCGUGGUUACCUUGGUCACCGCAGGAAGGUUGGUGUCGGGCGGCGUCGCUAAGGGCCACUUCACACACAUUUUCAUCGAUGAGGCUGGACAGGCCGUGGAGCCCGAGUGUGUCAUCGGGAUAGCGGGUCUGCUCGACCCGGCGAAGGGUCAGUUGGUUUUGGCCGGAGACCCUCAACAACUGGGCCCCGUCCUGAGAUCUCCACUGGCACAGCUAUAUGGAAUGGGGCAGUCACUCCUGGAAAGGCUGAUGAAACAGAACAGUCUCUAUCAGAAGAUCCAGGAUGACAUCCCUAGAUAUGACAGUCGCUUUGUCACCAAACUUCUACAGAACUACAGGUCUCACCCUGCCAUCCUCAAGAUCCCCAAUGAGCUUUUCUAUGAAAAUGAGCUGCAGGUGUUUGCUGAUCAGAUAGAGCGAGAGGCUUUCUGUCAGUGGGAACAUCUUCCUAAGAAGGGAUUUCCUGUUGUAUUUCAUGGAGUGAUGGGGAAAGAUGAAAGAGAGGAAAACAGUCCCUCAUUCUUCAAUGUGACUGAGAUCGAGGUCAUCGCCAGCUACCUCAAAAAGCUCAUUCAAACGCAGGGCAAGAAAGGUCUGCCAAAAUUAGGAAUUCAGGACAUCGGCAUCAUCGCCCCUUACAGGAAACAGGUGGAGAAAAUCCGCAAAGCUCUAAACACCGUGGCUGAGUUGAAGCAGUGGAAAGAGAUCAAGGUGGGGUCGGUGGAAGAGUUUCAGGGUCAGGAGAGAAAAGUCAUCGUAGUCUCUACUGUCCGCAGCAGCGUCAACUACGUGAAGAUGGAUCAAGACUUCAACAUCGGCUUCCUCUCAAAUGAGAAGAGGUUUAACGUGGCCAUCACUCGUGCCAAAGCACUGCUCAUUGUGGUGGGAAACCCGGUCAUCUUAAACAAAGAUCCUACUUGGCAGAGGUUCAUCCGGUACUGUGAGCUCGAGCAGGGUUAUACCGGCUUCGACUACAAGGAUGCCGAAGGAGAGGAGGAUGUGGUCACUCGGCUUGCAUCUUUAAAGAUCACCUCCGAUGAUAUCGACGAGAGCCCACUACAACAGCACGUGCAAACCGAGUGGAGAAGUGAACAUUGAGGACCAACAAACUAUCAAACCAGACAAUCACUUUGCUGCAAGAGAAACAGGGAAUUCAGCUUUUAACCAAUAAGCAGUAUUGAUAAAAAAUCAUGAAAACUUCUCGUUUAUUGCAUUGACGGCAUUUUAUUCAUAAUUCAGAAUCAAGCGAACACUAUGGAGAUUGUAUGGUUUAUGCAGUCUAGCAGACUCAAGUAUGCAGUCAGUAUGAUAUCGUGUGAAUCUCUUCAGGUAGUCGACACUGAAAAUGACAGUGCUUGAAAAAUUACCAGAGUAUUACAAAAUAUGCAAACGGCUUGCUUAUUUAUCCUCAUGUCACGUAUUUCAUCAUGUAUUUGUUUACCUUUUGUUCAUUUCAGCUUAACCUGGUUGGGCACGCUUAAUUUAAGGCUGAUUUGCGCAUUUCAAAUGCUUCUUAGCACUUUACUGGAACGUUUCUAGAAAAUAAUACAUUUUUAUUGGGUUUGAAUAAACAAACAGAAAAAUAUAUAUUUUAUAUAUUGUGUGUUGCAAGUAACUUUUGGGGAAUUUAUGAUUAUUACAAAUACAUUUUUGUGAAACUGUCUUUGCAAAACAUGCUGAAACAAAUAUCCGAAUUAUUUUAAGUCCAUGCCAGACAAAUUGUUUUCUUCUGCUUUUUAAGACAACAAAUACGACAAGCUGAACAACAUUUCGCACAAUUUCACGCAAAAGAAGCACAACGUUAUUCUGUUUCCCAAAAAAUAUUUUAUUAACAUAGGUUGGUUUACUUCAUUUCAACAUCGACUGCAAUGCUGUUCCUGUUUACAAAUUGUUACUAUGAGUGCUCGUAAAAAUCUGGAAUAAUAAAUCAUAUUUAACACUUCCAGAAAAAAGGAAGAGACCCUAUAAACACAGCAGAGGAUUGAUCUUACAGCUCCAUGAGGAGCUCUGUAUGCAAAGACUGGUUGCUGUAGUAACCAGGAAUUUGCUCAUGCAGACGAUGACAUCACAACAUAACCAGUCCAGUGCUAUUCACAAAUGCACAUCUUCUAUGAUGCGGUUUCAUUGAUGACUCCAUAAACCAGUAUACAAAAAAAGUUGACAAACAUUUUGUGAAUAGUGUUGUGCAUUUCAUUGUACAGUCAGUGCAUUACAGUCAGUUUGUUAAUAAUGCCCCGUGUAAGUUGGUUCAUGCCGCCUCGACAAACGCCAACAUUUCAAAGAAUCUAAAGUUGGUUGUUAAAUGUUGGAAAACAUCACAUUCCCACCAAUACUUAACCAGUUGGUGUCUUUCAAUAACACGGCCUUUCGAUAAUGUAGAAUUCGACAGCAUGACGUCUCAAGCGUUCAAGAAAAACCCAUUGACCAUGAAAUACCCAAAGAAAAACUUGCUAUAUAAUAUUUUUUAUUCUAAAAAAGCUACACCAUGCUUUCGAUUUCAAUGCUCGGACACAGACAGGAGACAUCGAGUUACGUGUAACUGAAGUCAAACAUUCUAUGGUACCAGUGGGUACAGUAGUGAAAUAAUGGAAUCUAUACAGUAAUGUUUUUAUCUAGCCACUGACAUCUGCAACUAGCAACUAUCAUGCAAUGUUAAAACACUGAUCAUGUGCAUAUAAACAUCCAUCUGAUCAAGAGCAUCCCAUACUUGCUUCUCGACCCGUACACAUUACUAGACUGAUAACCAAAGGCACACGCUUUCCGUGUGAGCUCGGAAGGCACUCGAAACCCGUUUAUACUACCCAAACAAACCUCCCUAAACGAAUAUAUAACCACAUUGUGUACUUAUUUAACAUUUCUCAGUAGUGGAAACCUUCAGAGGCGAUCACAGCUAAACAUUUAGUGUUUGCGUUACGUGUUAAUACUUAACUCGACCC